CUGUGUCACAUCUCAUCAAAUUUUCUAUGUCAAGCCACAUCAUGUUAGAAAAAUCCAUUCUGCUGUUGUCUCUUCAGAUAAGUCUCCUGGGAGUCACUCUUGGUGGGAAUGUUCUGAUUUGGCCAAUGGAAGGUAGUCAUUGGCUAAAUGUUAAGAUAAUUAUAGAUGAGCUGAUUAACAAACAGCAUAAUGUGACUGUCCUAGUUGCUUCUGGUGCACUCUACAUCAAGCCCACCUCUAACCCAUCUCUGACAUAUGAAAUAUAUAAGGUGCCCUUUGAGAAAGAAAAAGUGGAAGAAACGAUCAAGAAGUUUAUUUUGACAUGGAUGGGAAAUAAACCAACUCCUUCAACCAUUUGGAGAUUCUAUCAGGAGAUUGGCAUAGCCGUCGAGGACUUCCACAUGCUGAGUAGAGAAAUCUGUGAUGGUGUUCUCAAAAACCAAAAGCUGCUGGAAAAGCUGAAGAAAAGCAAAUUUGACGUCCUGGUAUCAGAUCCAGUAUUUCCUUGUGGUGAUAUAGUAGCUUUAAAACUUGGAAUUCCAUUUAUGUACUCCUUAAGGUUUUCUCCAGCAUCAACAGUGGAAAAACACUGUGGGAAGAUACCAUACCCUCCUUCCUAUGUUCCUGCUGUUUUAUCAGAACUCACCGACCAGAUGUCUUUCACUGACAGAAUAAGAAAUUUCAUCUCCUACCAUCUACAGGACUACAUGUUUGAUACUCUUUGGAAAUCGUGGGAUUCCUAUUAUAGUGAAGCUUUGGGAAGACCCACUACGUUAUGUGAAACUAUGGGGAAAGCAGAAAUUUGGCUAAUGAGGACAUAUUGGGAUUUUGAAUUUCCUCGUCCCUACUUACCUAAUUUUGAGUUUGUAGGAGGAUUGCAUUGUAAACCUGCCAAACCGUUACCUAAGGAAAUGGAAGAAUUUGUCCAAAGUUCAGGUGAACAUGGAGUUGUAGUGUUCUCUCUGGGGUCAAUGGUCAAAAACCUCACAGAAGAAAAAGCCAAUCUCAUUGCCUCAGCCCUCGCUCAGAUUCCACAGAAGGUCUUAUGGAGAUACAAAGGAAAGAAGCCAGCCACAUUAGGAGCCAAUACUCGGCUCUAUGACUGGAUACCCCAGAAUGAUCUUCUUGGUCAUCCAAAAGCAAAAGCUUUUAUCACUCAUGGUGGAACAAAUGGGAUCUAUGAAGGUAUUUAUCAUGGGGUCCCUAUGGUGGGAGUUCCCAUGUUUGCUGAUCAGCAUGAUAACAUUGCUCACAUGAAGGCCAAAGGAGUGGCUGUGGAGGUGAACAUAAACGAAAUGACAAGUGAAGAUUUGCAUGAUGCCUUGAAAACAGUCAUUAAUGAACCUUCCUAUAAAGAGAAUGCUAUGAGGUUAUCAAGCAUUCACCAUGAUCAACCUGUAAAGCCCUUGGAUCGAGCUGUCUUCUGGAUCGAGUUUGUCAUGCGCCACAAAGGAGCCAAACACCUGCGGCCAGCUUCUCACAACCUCACCUGGGUCCAGUACCACUCUUUGGAUGUGAUUGGGUUCCUGCUGGCCUGUGUGGCAACUGUUAUAUUUUUGGUCACAAAAUGUUGCUUAUUUUCUUGUCAAAAAUUUGGUAGAACAGGAAACAAGAAAAAGAGGGAAUAGAUCAUUCUCAGGGUGG